AUGAAUCAGAAAAGAAUAUUCUUAUUUAUAUUGUGCAUAAUUCACGGUGGUGUACAUGGAAUACUUGAUCCAAGUGGGUUGAGAGCAUAUGCUAGCAUUGGUGGAUUGACAUUUGGCACAGCCUCCAACAUAGCACAUCUACGAAAGAAUGUUAAUAAUGGUCAAUUCAACCAGUAUGUUAAGAAGAAUUAUCAUCUCAUCGAAUCGAAAAAUGAUUUGAAACCUAUUAAACUAUGGCGUGGUGAAAACCAUUACGAUUGGGUUGACUCCGAUUGGCUAUUAGGGGCUACACCACAAUCGACAGAAUGGGCUCAACAGAAUGCUAUGGAAAUUCGAGGGCACACUUUGGUAUGGGCUAAUGAUAAAAGAAUUCCGACUUGGCUAUUACAACAAGAAUCUUCGAUAUCACCCGUAAAAGUCAAGUCGUUGUUGAGUGAUUAUAUUCAUGCUGUUCUCGGUCGUUAUCAAGGCAAGAUCACAUCGUUGGAUGUGAUCAAUGAAGCUGUCGAUGACGCGCAAAAUAAUACUCAUCCAUUUAAACUACGAAAUUGUUUUUGGUACAGAAAAGAUUUGAUGAGGCUUUCAUUUCUUUUUGCUCAUCAAGCUGAUCCACAGGCACAACUAUACUAUAAUGAUUACAAUAUUGAAUGGUACGGGAUGAAAUCAAACAAUGUUCUUCAACUACUGACAUGGGUGAGAUCACAAGGAGCCACUGUUCAUGGAGUGGGUGUUUCAACUACAGUUCGUCCUCAAGAUUCUUAUUAUCAAAGUGCUCAAAGAUUCAUUGACAAUGGAUUUGAUAUAAUGAUCACAGAAUUUGACGUAUCUAUGCUAAUGAAUGGUAGUGUGCCUCAAGAUCUAAAUGAUCUACAAAAACAAGCAUCAGUAUAUCGUGCUCUUGUCAAAUAUGCUCUUCACUUUUAUUCAAAAUGCCGUGCACUAACCACCUGGGGGUUUACAGAUCGUUAUAGUUAG